AUGUAAGCAUAUUUAAGAAGAGUAGGUAUCAUAAAUUCUAUCGAAGAUUAGAUCACCUUAGCAAUUUUAACCAAAUUUGCUUUCAUCAGAACUUACGCAUAGUGUUCAUAAUGUGGCUACGCUUGGAUCUAAUAAUUACCGUGGGCUUGCGGGUUGAAGUAAUAGAAUUAAAAUAGAAGAUUCUCUCUAUACAUUACAAGAGCUUCAAUGAAAAAUUAAUUCAGGGAUGCUUCAGCAAUUUAUGUUGCAAUCUUAUAAGAAAUGAGUAAUAAAAACCCAUAUUGGUAACAUGUUGCAUCAGCUGAGCAUGAAUGUAUAUCUAUUUAAGAUAAAGGCAGCUACAUAAUUAUUUUAGGAAAUAAUGCUGACUGCAAACCCUUAUUAAAUCAAACACAAAUUAUAGGAGUUUUCGGGUCUUAAUAAAAUAUCAAGAAUUAAUAGCCAAUUCAGUGGAUAGCAUUCAACAACAAGGAAAAGCAAUUGCCUUAGAAAGCUCAUAAAAUACACUUUUUUUUCUUAUGCCACUAUAUCAUUAUACAACUUUAAAUUCAAGAUUUUUUAUUACACAUCGCAUUAUUAAUUUAAACACCGCCGUCAUAAUAUUCCUUGAUAAAUCAAACAAUAGUGACUGUUUAGACUGAUGUCUAACAAUAAUACAAGAGCAUCUUAAGGAGGAUUAAUAGCACCAAUUGUGUUUAUGUAAAGUUGCCAGAAAAUUUACUUUUUAAAAUAAUUCUAGGAAUCCUCGAAUUAUUUUAUAAACAUCAUUUCUUUCGAGAAUUUAUAUGA